AUGAUUUCGGGCACAGUUUCGGUCACUACAUCCACCUGGCGAGGCUGCGCGAGGAUGUCAUCGCCCUGCUACCGCCCACCCGAGACAGAGGUGAUGGAGCAGGUCACAUCACGCUUCCACGAUGAGCUUCGGAGAGACCUCGCGGCCAUCCUCGACGACCGCCUCGACGCGCUCAGGGAGGCGCGGCUGGCCCUGAUCGAGUCGUGCGUGGCGGCGGAGAGGCGCGCCAGCGGCAGGGCGGAGGCCCCUCCGGAGGCGGCAGCAGGCGCGGAGCCGCCCGCCGCGCUCGCCCGGGGGGCUGGUGCGCCCAGGUGGCGGGCGCUGCUGGCCAUUCGGCUGUGGCCGCCGCCGGCCGAGGCGGCGGCCUCCCCGGCCGCGGAGCAGGCGGGACGGCGGCCUCUGCCGGCAGCGGGCCCUCCGGCGAAGCGGCUCCCCGCCAGCCUGCGGCAGGCCACGCCGUCCGCCCCCGCUGCCGCAGCUCCCAGCGGCGCCGCGGCCGCGGGCCACCCCGUGGGCGCGGCCGCGGAGCCCGCCGCCGCGCCUGGGCCGAGGCCGCCUGCGGGGCCGCGGGGGGAGGAGCCCCCCGCGCCGCCGCCUUCCGCUGGGCCUCCCAGGGCCGCGCUGCCCCCGCCGGCCCUGCGCCUGGGCACGGGGGCGGCGGAGGAGCCGGGGGUCAGCGGAUUUGGCUCCUGGCAAGGACGCGGAGUUCGGCGAGCACGUGGGGCGAGUGAGGGGCAUCCUGGCCAACGGCUCCACCUUCGUGGAGUGCCCCGAGCUGAAGGCGCUGUACGGCCAGGACGCCUACGUCCACAGCUCGGUGGUGGCGCAGUGCGCGCUGCAGACGGACGACGAGAUCGCCUUCCGCGUGCACGUCAGCAGCCGGGGCCUGCCCCAGGUCUCGGCGCCCUGCUGGCGCAGAGCGCACGGCGCCGCGCUCCCCGCAGCGGCGGGCUCGGCGCCGGGGGUGGCUCCCGGCGAGGAGGAGGGCCCGCCCGCGAGGGCGGGGCCGAAGGCCCCCCUGGCCGAGGCCCCACCCUCGCUCGGCGGGCCGCCGGUGAAGCCCGCGCCGCCGCUGGGCGGCGGCCUCGCGCGGGUCCCUGCGCCGGCCCUGCCCGUGAGGCCACCGCCGCCGCUGGGCGGCAGGCAGGAGGCGCUGGUGGGGCCGCCUUUGAUCCGGAAGGCGCCGCCCGCGAAGUUUGCGCGCUAGGCUGCGGGGCUGAGGCGCCCAGCACUGCCCGUGAGGCCCCCGCCCCCGCCGGGCGGCAGGCGGGUGGCGCCGGCAGCGCCGCCGCGGACCAGGAAGGCCGCGCCUGCACCGUGUGCGCGCCAGGCGUUAGGGUCGAGGGAGCUGUGCAGGGCGUUGGCCUGCAGGCUGGACGGGCCCCAUUGAGCCUUCGGAUGCCUUCGGGUUCGUUUAUGGCUCGUGGGAGGUCUCGUCACGCCUGGUCAGUCGGGCUGCGACUAGCCAGGAGGCGGACGAUCCAGAAGUUCCGAGGCCGUGCGCUAGACAGGGGUCAGCGGUACCGUUGGCGUGGGUAA